ACAACACAAGCUCCACAUUUUCCUCCUCUCUUCUUCUUCUUCCUCCGAUCGACGAUUCGCUCUCUCGCUCUCGCUCGAUUUCCGUUUCUUUGAUUAUUGUUGUCGAGUGUAACUGAUCCGCCAUGGAGGUGGAGUUGCCAUGGGGCGCGCGGUGCGCGGCGGCGGCGUUCUUCGUGUCCUCGCUGUGCGUGGCGGCGCUCGGCGUCGUGCUCCUGCUCCUCAGGCGGUGGCCGUGGUGCGGCUGCCAUGUCUGCCGCGCCUACCUGGCCGGGUCGUGGAGGAGGGAGUUCGCCAACCUCGGCGACUGGUACGCCGACCUGCUCCGCCGCUCGCCGACGGGCACCGUCCACGUCCACGUCCUCGGCUGCACCGUCACGGCGAACCCGGCGAACGUGGAGUACAUGCUCAAGACGCGCUUCGACAACUUCCCCAAGGGGAGGCCGUUCGCCGCGCUCCUCGGCGACCUCCUCGGCGACGGCAUCUUCAACGUCGACGGCGACGCGUGGCGCCACCAGCGGAAGAUGGCCAGCCUCGAGCUGGGGAGCGUCGCCGUGAGAUCCUACGCGUACAAGAUCGUCGCCCAGGAGGUGGAGGCCCGCCUCAUGCCGGUGCUCGCCAACGCCGCCGACAGCGGCGCCGUGGUCGACCUGCAGGACGUGUUCCGCCGCUUCGCCUUCGACACCAUCUGCAAGAUCUCCUUCGGCCUCGACCCGGGCUGCCUCGACCGGGAGAUGCCCGUGUCGGAGCUCGCCGACGCGUUCGACGCCGCGUCGCGGCUGUCCGCCAUGCGUGGCGCGGCGGCGUCGCCGUUGCUGUGGAAGAUGAAGCGGUUUCUCAACGUCGGGUCGGAGAGGGAGCUCAAGAAGGCCAUCAAGCUCAUCGACGGGCUCGCGGCGGCGAUGAUCCGGGAGCGCCGGAAGCUUGGCGUCGCGAACAGCCACGACCUCCUGUCCCGGUUCAUGGCCUCCUCCGGCGACGACGCGCGCGGCGCCGCCGACGACAAGUUCCUCCGCGACAUCGUCGUCAGCUUCCUCCUCGCCGGCCGGGACACGGUGUCCUCCGCGCUCACCACUCUGUUCAUGAUCCUGUCCAAGAACCCCGACGUGGCGGCCGCCAUGCGCGCGGAGGCCGGCGCCGCCGCCGGCGAGAGCGCCGCCGUCAGCUACGAGCACCUGAAGCGGCUGAACUACACCCACGCCGUGCUGUACGAGAACAUGCGGCUGUUCCCGCCGGUGCAGUUCGACUCCAAGUUCUGCGCCGCCGCCGACGUGCUCCCCGACGGCACCUACGUCGACGGCGGCGCGCGCGUCAUGUACCACCCCUACGCCAUGGGCCGCAUGCCGCGCAUCUGGGGCGCCGACUGCGACGCGUUCCGGCCGGAGCGGUGGCUCACCGGCGCCGGCGGCGCGUUCGUGCCGGAGAGCCUCUUCAAGUACCCGGUGUUCCAGGCCGGCCUCCGCGUGUGCCUCGGCAAGGAGCUCGCCAUCACCGAGAUGAAGGCGGUCAGCGUCGCCGUCGUGAGGGCAUUCGACGUCGAGGUCGUCGGCGAGAAUGGCCGGUGCGGCGGCGGCGCCGCCGCCGCGCCAAGAUUCGUGCCGGGGCUCACCGCGUCCAUCAGCGGUGGGCUCCCAGUGAAGAUCAGACGCGUUUAGACUUGCACACAGCAUAGUAGACAGACUUCUUUUUCAUUCACUGUAUCAACAAAUUGGAUAAGAAAUUAAAUAGGCAUGUACAUAGAACAAAAAAGGGAGAAAUCAAUAUACCAAAUUUUUCAUCUAUUUUAUGUUCACUAUGUUUCACUUUUCUAUGAAUUUUCUGCAAUUUGAUGUUGAUAGAACUUGAAAUCACAAAUUUGUCAGUCUUGUUACUAUGA